AUGGACAAACUUUUGUUAUAUAUAUAUUAAAACUUUUUCAAAGAUAAGAAAUCAUCUCCUUAUACACCUGGUGAACCAAACAAUAGAACAAUUAGUUACUGGGUUAAAAUCAGACGAGAAGCCAUGAUGUAAAACUUUUACCAUGGCUAAUUUAAAAGAGCAAACUCAAUUCCUGUUAUUGAGGUGACGCAUAAAGAAUGUUGGCUGCUCAAUUAUACAAAUUAAUGA